GUCGAAGGACGGGUCGGGGGGGGGGGGGGGGGGGGGGGGGGGGGGCUUGGGCGAGGGGCGCGGGACGCACGGCAGGCGACAGCUCGGCACGCUGCGCACGCCAGCUGCGAUGGGCUGGGUGCACAGCGCACCGACGUAGUCACCUCGAGGCGCGAGACGCGUCUCCCGCGAUGCGGAAAAUCGCCGCGAAGGCGAUUCUCCACGACCGCAGGAGAGGGGGAGGGGGAGGUGCAUGGGCAGGUGAGCGGCGCUAUCUACCCGCGCUGGUCGCAAUGGACGAGCGCGCGGGCAGCGCGACAGCCAUAUGACUGUCGAGGGCUCGCUCGUGACGCGUAAAGCGUCAGAGGCGAUGCCCUCACGCCCUCAGACGUGGUCUGAGGGCGAAUAUG